AUCUGCCUCGGAAGGUUCCUCCCAACUCCGACGGAGGAAGAGUUAUCAGCAGCAUGUGAAAGGUGUGGGACCUUCACUGGAGCUAGACUCAACCCUCAGCGGCAGCUCUGUCUGUCGCUGAAUCGACCAAUCACAUUUCAGCGCUGCAUCCAACAGAUACUGGAUGGACGUCCGGAUUGGGGUGGUUGCCAUGGUGAUACUGCACCGCAAGAACCGAUAAUAGUAACGGAUUACAUCACCAGGUCUCGUGUGUCUGGUAACGAGGUGGAAUUACCAGGGGCUCCCCAUCAAUUGAGUGUCAGUGAAGGGCGUAUUAUUCUGGUCAAGAAAGUCUUGCAUCACGUACUGACCGUUACCGGUCGCCGUGCUGCGGAGAGCCAAGUCACACGAAACUGUCCGGAUGUUGCAGAAGCAGUGCUGUGUGAUUCGAGAACAGCACAAAAUUGUCUAGUUCAGAAAUUUUUGGACUCAUUUUCCUCCCCUUCCACUGUCUCUGUCGAGGCCCCUGCAGCUUUGAGAGAAGAAGAAUUUCUUCACGCAAUACAAUCGUCCACUUACAUAUCUCACUCUCACCGCGGUUCCGUGUGCGAUGCAAAGAGAUUUCUCCAUGAAAAGGGUCUCGAUGCCUACGACGACAAUAUCCACACUAUCACAGUGUGUGGUGAGGACGGUGCUCCAAGUCAAGCUGGGUCUUUGGCCUCCAGUGUGUGGGACAUUAGCACGAGGCUAGCGGGAGAGAAAUCAGCACGGAGAGUGAUCCACGCCACUCGCCAUUCAGAUAACUUCAAACUACAGCAGGCUUUGGUGCUGGUUGAGGUAGCUGGAGAAAUUCAGCCCCAGCCACACCCCUUGCCUUCUCAGCAUAUUAUUCUCUGCUCUGAUGUGGAAGUCUCUGAUGACGAAGACAGAGUCACAAAAGACUAUCUGCUAGAAGACCUUCUCAAAAAGAGGCAAAGCCAAAUGACCGAAGCUUUUCUCAUCAAGUACGAUGCCAAGACUCUCUCUGAGGCUAAUGCUCAGGAUUUGGUAUCGGCUACAACUGAAGCGGUCGUGAAAUUUGAAUUACUUUCAACUGACCCCCAAUCGAAAAUAAAGCUGACAGUACCUAGCAAAGCUAGCCAGAGCAGUGACGUUAGAUUUGCUGGAUCGUUUGUCCUCUACAACUUUGCCAGACUAGCAAACCUCGUCAGGAACUUUGAAAAGGCCUGCAACCUCGGGAAGUACCCUUCGCUACCUGAUAUCAGCCUGGUCGACUUUUCUCUGCUCACGGAUGAGGAAGAGUGGUCAAUCCUAUUCCGCCAUCUCCUGCAGUUCCCGCUGGUCGUCAGGGAAGUCACCUCCAGCGUCUGCCAGUCUCGGGCACUUCGCUGUCAAUUCAAACUCAAAAAGAUCUGCCAGUUUUUGACUCAACUGAGCCACUGUGUCAGUACCUACUACAGCAGGGUUAAGAUCCUUAUGGCACCAGAACCUCACCUAAUUCCCCUAAUUCACGCCAGACUACUCCUCAUUACGGCAGUCAAAAGGACAAUGUACAGUGCUCUACAACUGCUAGCCAUUGAACCUCCCCAACAGCUAUGAAUACCACCAGAAUACACACUUUCAGUUUGAAAAAUGCACGCUACAAACAGGAUGUAUAAUAAUAUUGUGACAGGCAAACUAUAACAGGAAACUCGUGAGAAAUAACUUUCAACGUUUUUGGUAUAUAGCAAACACAAAUUUGCAGGGAGUAAACUUUACGGCUAAUAAUUUUUCUCCCUCACAAGUUUCAUAUGCUUCAUUCUUUCGAAAAAUGAUACAAAUAGAGAUGAUAAUUAUUAAUAUGAUCGGAGAACUUGGGUGUAUAAUUGUACGAUGUCAGGAAUGUUUCUGGAGGACGAGUGAUGUCACAGUCUGUCCGGUUUUCCCGCCAAACUGGAGGGUUGGUGCAGGGAUGACUGCCUCGGGGGACAGCACUGAGCCAUGUGAUGUGUGUUGUAAUACUUACUGAAUAGGGGAUA